AACCAAUCCAACUCCGUGUAGCGAACACCAGAUCUCAAUGUCAUAAUAUUCUAAAGCGUUUCUUCCCUCACGAGCACCCACUCUCACGGCCGCUAUCAUCACGACGUCGAUGCCUUAUUCUGUGCUUCAUACUGCGCCUGUUUCGUUACGCCGUUCAACUACAUCACCCAUUUAAUCGCCCUCAGUCAGCAUGGAGAAGGAGAACAGUCGGAGUGAUGGCGCGCCGCACACAGAUGUUGCGAUAGAGGACCGAAAAUCAGAAGAGACUCCCGCCGAGGAGAACGUUUCCAAAUCCGUACAAACACCCAAAGAUGCUCAAUCAAUACAAGCUACGGCGCAGACCGUCACCGAUCGCGCCCUUCACUUCCUGUCCACGGCGAGCAACGAGACUCUGGGCGCAUGCAUAGUGGGCCUCAGUGCGGCUACAUAUGUAGUUCUUGGCAGAGUCGGGCUGGUGCUCAUUGGUGUUGUCGGGGGUGUGGUCCUACAUGCAACAUGGGAAGGCUCAAGAGGAAGCGGGAGUAGCUCCGGUACCUCGUCAGAGGAGCGGCGGCGGGAGACUGGGUUGGAGAUUGUGAACAGAGUCCUCCGGGCGCGGUCAAAGGGCUCACAGGACCCCAUGACUGACGAGGACGAUCAUGCGGAUCUUGAUGUGAAGCUGUCGUCUGGGAAGGUGCUGGACUUUUCCGAGUUUCAGCCUGAGAUUGCGUCUGCGCUUAAUGAGCUUACGGACGCUGUGAUUAGAGACUAUGUCAAGUGGUGGUAUUCGCCCAUACUUCCAACGGAAGACUCCUUCCCGUCGGCAUGUCGACAGACUUUGACGGCCUUUAUACUUUCUGCGUCCUCACACCUCUCUCGAAAACGGCCUGCGGAUGCAUUCCUUGACUUUCUCACGAAUUCCUCUUCAAUCGUCAUCGUCUUCCUCAAUGAGCUGUGCGCGGCCCUCAACGCUUCGCCAAAUACGUCAGCCGCAACGGCCGUCAGCGCGUACUUGGAAAUGAAGCCCGAUAGCAAUCUGGCAAGCGUGCUAGACACGAAGCACCAGUCACGAAAGCUCGACAUGGUUGCCGAGGACAUUCUACAAAACUAUCUUGACUUUAAAACAUAUAAUUGCCAGGCAGCGCACGUCUUCCUGCGGGAGAUUCUGUCUAAACUAAUCAUCGAAAUGACGAUACAGAAAUGUUCCAGGCCGGAAUGGAUAAACGAAUGGAUUGUAUACCUACUCGAGGACGGCGAGCCCGAGCUAAUGAAUGUCAUCGACGCGGGCGUCGAAGGAUCGGCGGGGCAGAAGUUGGAGAAGGUUAAAGAACAGAUUCAUGCGUCGGAGGAGGCACACAGCAAGGCUGUAGAGGCGCAAGAGGCGUCGCACGACGAGGAGUCGAUUGGCAAACACAAACGAACCGUCAGCCGGGCGCAAGAGGCGAUGGAUGAGGCCAUGAAGGAGGCCCAGCGCCUUACGGAAAUGAUUGCUGAAGAGGAAGAGAAGAGAACACGUGGGGAAGAAAAGAAGAAGUCUGUGACGAGCCUCAGUGAUAGUGUUUCUGGGUUCUCCGAAACCACAAAUACGACCCAAGGCAUGCCUACGCCGGCGUCGUCACAGGAUGGCUCGAAUGACGGAGGCGAGCUUGCGGGUCUGAGGAUCCAUGGGGUGGAAGUCGCAUCACCUGCACCUGAGGAGGCAUAUUCGACUUCGGUGCAGCCGGUAGCUGCUGAGCAGAAGCAACCAUUCACCUCAUUCGAUCAAUUUGUUCCCUCGUCGCAGCUCACAGCGCUGUCGGACGUCCCUGGCAAGAAGGAGGAUCCUCCUCCUCUCACACUACAUAAUGCGAACAUGGCUAUUUUCGAUGACGCCGCGCCGAACGACCGAAGCAUAAUUCGGAACAAGCCAAAUAUUGACUAUCUCAUCCAGAUUGAGCCCAAAUCGUCGCAUUACGCCGGCUGGAUGAUUGCCCGGAAAUACGCAGACUUUGAGACUUUGCACGAGAUUCUGAAGCGUAUUUCUGUUAUAUCAGGAGUCACCGGGUUCACAGAGUCUCAUGCCCAAUUGCCUACGUGGAAGACCCACACGAAAGCGUCGCUUCGUGACGCUCUAGAACGAUAUCUCAAUGCUGCGGUCAGCUACAAGCAGCUGGCUGAUAGUGAGGGCAUGAAACGGUUCUUUGAAAAGGACAACAUCGCACGGACAGGCAAUGGAAAGGGCGGCUUCCCCGGGCUUGGAUGGCCUACGCCUCAAGCUUUCGAGAAUAUGGGCAAGGGCAUGAUCAACGUGCUGACUUCCGCACCUAAAGAGGUUGCUGGAGGCGGCAAGGCUCUCUUCGGAGGCGUCACCGGAGCGAUUGGCGGCGCUCUGGGUCCGAAGAAGGUCGCUCCGCUAGUGACAAGUCCCGGGCGGCCGAACGGUGCCUCACAUCAACGCAGUGAGAGCACAGUUCCACCGCUACCAGAUAUCGAGCCACGAGGGCGCUCAGUAAGCACGGUGUCACCACUGCCCCAACUAGGCCGAAAAGACCAAGACAGCCUCCGAAAAAGUCAAGACAGUCUUCGCACCGGACCCAUCGUAGACACGCAACCCACCCCUGUCCCCCAGAUGGAACGUCGUCCCAGCUACGAACCCCAAUCACGGCCCUCGACAUCCUCCCGUCGCUCCUCCGUCUUUGGCAUCUCCAGCCGCGAUCACAGCCGCGCCCCCUCCAUCCGCUCCAUCCACGACAGCGGCGACCUCUCCCCCGUCAUGGGCGGCGACCAAAUCCUCAACCUCCCACCCCCACCCACCGAGAUCGCCGACGACUUCACAUUCAACCCCGCCAGCGCGCCUCUAUCCCCGCUCCGCAGAGAAUACGACCCAGAACCCCACACCGCACCGCCGCCUGACUCCGCCCCCGACGCCGACAACCCAGCUCCCGAACCACCCAACCCCCCACGCCCACCCCCGCGCCCCAAACCCCCCAUCUCCGAACAAGAAACCCAAGUCGCAGUCGAGCUCCUCUUCGCCAUCAUCACAGAACUCUACACCCUCAGCUCCGCCUGGAACAUCCGCAAAACCCUCCUAACCGCCGCAAAAACCUUCCUUCUCCGCCCGGGCAACCCCCAACUCGACUCCCUCCGCACCCUCCUCCAACACUCCAUCCUCGACGCAAAUACCUCGCCACAGGGGAUCGCGCACCAUCUGCGCUCCCUCCGCGCGAAUACACUGCCUACGCCCGAGGAGCUGGCCGCGUGGCCGAGUGAGAUGUCGGAGGCGGAAAAGGAGGCGUUGAGGGUGAAGGCGCGGCGGUUGUUGGUUGAGAGGGGGAUGCCGGCUGCGUUGGUCGGGGUUAUGGGGCAGGGGGCUACGGGCGAGGCGUUGGGCAGGGUGUUUGAUUGUUUGCAGGUUAGGGGUGUGGCGAGGGGGUUGGUGUUUGGGGUUGUGUUGCAGGCUGCUAGGGGGGUUACGCAUUAG